CCUACAGGUGACUCAUCAUACUUGCUUGAACGAUGUGUAUGAUGUUUGUUUACAUCGUUUAUGUACGACGAGGCGAAAAGAGAAGCAAACGGAAAGUGUCAAAAAAUAUGAAAUGAGAUUGCGAGAGAAUUGAGAGAGUAAUAUGUGAACAUGCCAAGCAUACCGACCAUACACAAACAUAAGUCAGCUGUUUUCAAUCAAAAGUUUUAUACAAAUUUGCGUCAGCUGUAAUUUUAUUUAAAAGAAUAUGAAAUAAUUUAUAAUAAUCGCUUUAUAGAACGGACGUUUUCACUAUAAUCUGCAGUAUUAUAUUAGUUUCAACCAUGAAUGCAAUAAUCGCACUAUGUCAUUUUUGUGAAGCUCAUGGACCGGGACCACUAUUCUGCACACAAACCCUACGCGAAACGAACAUCCACCAGCUGGACAUUCACUUCGAUAGCGAGCGAAAAGGUUGUCCCGCGUGUAACUCGGUCGGAAACAGUAUGGGCAUGGUGAGCGAAGAUCCGGACAGUAAUGCUCACUUUGUCAGCAGUCAGGUACCGGUCAUUAGCGAAACGAUCGAACUGGUGAAGAAGGCAGCCUUCCGUAGUAUCAGCAGUGAAGUGAGCAGUUGCUCGUCGACCGCAUCGGGCAGUGAUGGUGGGUUGGUGUUUUUCGGUGAUGCUCACCGAGGUCACGUAUUGAGCCAUACGUUUCAACUGAUGGAUUGGGAGGCGCGUGGCUUUAGCAAGCUGUUUUCGAUUGUGAUUCUGAUGAAGGAUAAAAUGUUCCUGUUGAACAUACAACCGUUUCUAGCUGACGCACUGGGAAAAAUUUCGAAGGAGCUGCAGGGUUACGCGAAGACGGUCUACGAGGAAGAUUUGAAAGCACAAGGGUCACAACGGGCACAACGCAUAACACAGGGCUAUGCGAAUAAUCCGACGACGACGCGAUCACUGGUGGAGUUGACUGGGAAAGAAUCAAUAUUUGCUUAUUUGCAUGCCCAUUUUUCCUUUGUUCUCUGGGCUGGAGCGAGAUAUCUAACGGAGAGCAUUACCCUCGGUAGCCCUUCUGUGCCACCUUGGUUAGGGCGGGACACGGAGGAAGGUUUUGCACUGGUGCAAAACGAUAAAGAAGGCUAUUUGAUGCGACGAAUGGGGCUUGGGAAACUUGAAGACGAUAGCGGUCACAUUGACGAACAUAUAAAGGCAAAAUAUUCGCUUCGAAUGUUUCGUCAGAUACUGAAGAGUGACUUUCUUUCGGUUUGCUUCUGCGUUCUGACGGGAAUACAGAUCGUCAUUCGAGGGCCUAUAGCAAAGGGAACUUGUUUGGUGCGAAAUUUGAAGAAACUACUGCCGGAACCAAUGUACAAGCUUGCCCGAUCCCAUGCCGAGUCCUACAAAGCAGCGAACGAAUGUCGAAUAAUCAAUCUAAGUCAGGAUGCUGUAGCCCCUAAUCCUUCAGCUGGCAUUAUGAGAAUAGAUUUGGUUGAUGAUCGCGAUAGGGACACAGUUGCUGUUUGCGUCUGGGAAGGGGCUUUGCCAUCUAAAUUACCGACACUGCUACAAAAGAUCCUGAAAGCUGUCGACGAAGAUCUCUUCACCGAUUUGGUUUUGGACAAGCACUUGCGAGCGAUGAUCGAGGAAUGGAAGAACAAAGUGGUUUGCAUCCGAAAGAUGAGCUCCAACCAGGACGUGGCCAAAAUCAAAAAAAUCAUGGGCAUUCAACAACAGGACCAAGUCAUCAUCACCUACUGGUACAGCCACUUAUGACACACAAGGUUUCAACUUUCGC